AUGUCCUCCGCCAACAUCCACACGCUGCAGCGCAUGACGGCCAAGACGCUGUCGGAAAAGAUGCUCCAAGAGAGCGAGUCCAAGGACCCAACCUUUGCCGUCAUUGACGUACGCGACGACGACUACAUCGGCGGACAUAUCCGGGGCUCGACCAACGUGCCGAGCGCGCAGCUCGACGCCAUGAUGGCGACGCUGGUGCGCAGGCUCAAGGACAAGGACGCCGUCGUUUUCCACUGCGCGCUGAGCCAGCAGCGGGGGCCGAGCGCGGCGCUGCGCUACCUGCGCGAGAGGGACGGCCUGCUCAAGUCGCUGGGCGAGACGAGGGCGCGGCCCGACGACCAGCCCCAGGCCGUGUAUGUCCUGGACAAGGGCUUCACCGGGUGGCAGGAGGCGUACGGGACGGACGAGCGGUUGACGGAGGGGUAUAGGAAGGAGCUCUGGGAGAAUUACUGA